AGAAGAACGAAGACACUAAAAUCAACAUGGCGUCGUGCAGUCGGACUCAAGUUAUCUCACUCUACAGGAUGCUUAUGAAAGAGAGCCAAAAAUUCCCCUCAUAUAAUUACAGAACAUACGCACUUCGCAGAGUGAAAGAUGGCUUCAGGGAGAACCUUCAUGUUGAAAACCCCAAAACACUGGAUAUGCUCAUAAAUCAAGCUAGAGAGAAUCUGGCGGUUAUCAAGAGACAGGUUUCCAUUGGCCAUCUGUAUUCUGUUCAAAGGACUGUUGUUGAGAGCGAGCCUCAUUUGUAAACAUCUUCAGCACCAAGAGUGUUCAUAUAGUAUGGUUGUGAAUGACAAAUCUGUAAGCUACACUAGUUGACUGUCUGUGUAAUUGUAAUGUAGUAGAGUAUACUGUAAAUGUAUGUUGAUGUAAUUUGUUACCAGCAAAUAAAUAAGAUGUAUAAAUAAAUAAGCAUGGCGAAUACAACAUUUGAAAAAACUAUUUAGCUUUGCAGGUCAAUAAGGCAUAUUACAAUACUGAACAUAUGGGGGAAGAUCACACUUUUAAAUGGUCAUAUUGUCUAAAUCGUUUUCAUGUGCAAAAUGACGAUGCAUCAGACAAUGUGUUAUUAUGGGGAAAAGCCUAAAUAAAAACAUUUGCUAAUUUAUUUGUCAUAGUACAACAUGUAAAAUCGCUGGAGAUGCUGAAAUCAUAGUACAGCAGAUUUUUCUGUAAAGGAAAUGUAUUUAAGGCAUAUGAAUAUGUACAUAUUUAAUUGCCCAUAAUUUUAUUGAAGAUGACUUACAUUCAGAAGGAUUGUUCUAUACAUUUGAAUGAAUAGCAAAGAUGUCACUCUGAAAUGUAUAUGUAGCUCAUUGAAUAAAACAUUUAAAAAUAA